CAGCCUCUAGCUUCUGCAUCGCGCACAGCCACAGAAUCUUCCACAGGUCUUGCAGACUGCACCUGCUCUGGCCCUGACUGUCAUUCUUAACUCUCCCUCUGAAGACUUGUGUUCUAUCUCCUCUGUAUUUGCUAUCCUAAGCCUUUGUCCUGUGCCCCUGGGGUUUUGUUUAGAAUGCCUCUCCUCCCAAGCCACUGUAGAAAUUGGGUGGCCUCAAGCCCGGCGGAGACUGAUGGCUAGCGGGUAGAGGUGGGAGGCACGUGGAAUGGUGGAGGAGAGCAGGUAUAGCAACUCUGAGGUCUGGCUUAUGUCUGUCCUACCAUGCAGACAGACGGAAGGUCACCCACCAUCAAGAUGAUGCUGGGUCCCAUGACUAGUGUUUCCCUGGUCCUAGUUAGGAAUCCUGUGGAAGUCAGGGAAGGGGACUGGAGUCCGCCUCUCAUCUCCUUUAGUGCUGACCCUGGGGCAAGCCACUGUUCCCUCCCCGCUAACGCCCGCCAGAGCUGCUGACAUGUCCACCCUGGGCCUUGGCCAGGACCGGCUUUUGUUUCUACCACUGGCUUGCUGAGUCUGUGUUUGUCCCUUGGGGCCGCUGCCCCUUUCCUGCCUAUAAGAGCCUGGCGUUGUCCGGCCCUAGUUCUGACAUGUGCGCUGGGACCUUCUUGGACCGGGCCAACAUGACCCUGCAGUGCACCAAGUCAGCCGGACACUGGAGGAUGGUGGUGUGGGAUGAAGAGGGCUUCCAGGGCCGCCGGCAUGAAUUCACAGCUGAGUGUCCCAGUGUGCUGGAGCUUGGCUUCGAGACCGUGAGAUCUCUGAAGGUCCUGAGUGGAGCGUGGGUGGGCUUUGAACAUGCUGGUUUCCAAGGGCAACAGAGCGUGCUGGAGAGGGGCGAGUACCCAGCCUGGGAUGCCUGGAGCGGCAACACAGCCUACCCUGCUGAGAGACUUACUUCCUUCCGGCCUGUGGCCUGUGCUAACCACCGUGACUCAAGGCUGACCAUCUUCGAGCAGGAGAACUUCCUGGGCAGGAAAGGCGAACUGAACGAUGACUAUCCCUCUCUGCAGGCCAUGGGCUGGGACAGCACUGAAGUGGGCUCCUUCCACGUUCAAUCUGGGGCGUGGGUUUGUUCCCAGUUUCCCGGCUACCGAGGUUUUCAGUAUGUACUGGAGAGUGAUCACCACUCUGGUGACUACAAGCACUUCAGGGAGUGGGGCUCCCAUGCCCACACCUUCCAGGUGCAGAGUGUGCGCAGAAUCCAGCAGUGAGUCGGCACCUGCGCACUGGGGAGCCUUCGUGAACGACUGAGCAGCUGGUUGGAGAUGUGGCUGUUCUUGGUCCUGGCUACCCUAUGUUGCAUCCUAGGAACCCUGCACCUCUGUCAGCCAGCCCAUGCCCCGCCAGCUCACAAAGCUUAAAGAAAUAAAAAGCGCGUUUCAGUUUUA